AUGCAGGUCAAGGCCUUGGUUGUUGCUGGGAUUGCCGGCGGUGCUGUCGCUCAGACUGCUCCUUCGUCGUCGUCCCUGCCCGUGGGUACCGUUGUGUUCCCGGUCCCUACUUCGUCGUCCAACGUCGGCACCGUCGUGUUCCCGGUCCUGUCUGCUCCUGUUUCGUCGUCGUCGCCCGUCGGCUCUGUUCUGUUCCCGGCCCUCUCUGGCAACGCAACCGUGGUCACCCAGGUCGUCACGGCCUACACCACCUACUGCCCUGGCCCGACUACCUUUGCCGUCGGGUCCAUGACGUACACCGUGACCUCGGCCACCACCCUGACCAUUACUAACUGCCCUUGCACCAUUACUCAGACUGUCAAGUUCCCUCCUGUUCCUACCAACAGCAUGUACAACCCUCAAGGUGGGAACACUCCCAAAGGCGGCAACACUCCCAAUUGCAACGGUAAUUGCAACACUCCCAAUGGCGGCAACACUCCCAAUGGCGGCAACACGCCCAAUGGCGGCAACACGCCUAAUGGCGGCAACACGCCUAAUGGCGGCAACACGCCUAAUGGCGGCAACACGCCCAACACUGUGGGCUCGGGCACGUCCGUUCCCAAACCCCCAGCCGUGGCUGCUGCUGAGGGACGCUCGGUGGCCUACAGUCUGGCCUUGGCUGUUGCCGGUGUUGUCGGUGUCUUGGCGCUAUGA